AGCGCAUGGAUUUGGGUCGUGACACCUACGUUACCAUUACAGAAACUUUUCUCUCUUUCUGUUUAUCGUUUCCUGCUCUGAGUAGAGGGAAAGAGGAGAAGAAAUAAAAGCGAAGAAAAUGCCGGUGGCAAGACCGGAAUCAUACGAUUCAAGAAUUAUCGCUCACAUUGACAUGGAUUGUUUCUAUGUUCAAGUCGAGCAGCGAAAGCAGCCACAAUUAAGGGGUUUGCCUACUGCUGUUGUGCAGUACAAUGAGUGGAAAGGUGGAGCCUUGAUCGCUGUUAGUUACGAAGCUCGAAAAUUUGGAGUGAAACGUUCUAUGCGAGGUGACGAAGCAAAAGAAGUUUGCCCUCAGAUUCAACUUGUACAAGUCCCUGUAGCUCGUGGUAAAGCUGAUUUAAAUGCUUACCGCAAUGCAGGUUCUGAGGUGGUUUCUAUUCUUGCAAGGAAGGGUGGAUGUGAGAGAGCUUCUAUUGAUGAAGUUUAUCUUGACCUUACUGAUUCUACAGAAGCGAUGCUGAAAGAACACCCUCCUGAGAGCUUGGAAAUGAUUCAUGAUGAAGCUCUCAAAUCACAUGUUUUAGGACUUAAGAAUGAGAAUGGAAUUGAUGCCAAAGAAAAUGUGAGGGAGUGGCUAUGUCGGGAUGAUGCUGAUCAUCGUGACAAGUUAUUAGCAUGUGGAGCCCUCAUAGUUGCAGAACUUAGAAUGCAAGUUUUGAAGGAGACUGAAUUUACAUGUUCUGCUGGCAUCGCUCAUAAUAAGAUGCUGGCCAAACUUGUAAGUGGUAUGAAUAAACCCGCUCAACAAACUGUUGUGCCCUUCUCAUCUGUAAAAGAAUUGCUUGAUUCUUUACCAAUCAAGAAAAUGAAACAACUUGGUGGGAAACUGGGGACUUCCUUACAAUUUGAUCUGGGUGUAAACACAGUUGGAGAUCUGCUGCAGUUUUCAGAGGCAAAACUGCAAGACCGUUAUGGCAUAAAUACAGGUUUGUGGUUGUGGAACAUUGCUAGAGGAAUCAAUGGGGAGGAAGUUCAGGGACGCCUUCUUCCUAAGAGCCAUGGUUCUGGAAAGACAUUUCCUGGUCCUCGGGCUUUAAAGACAAUUGUUUCUGUUCAACAUUGGCUUAAUCAACUUUGUGAGGAACUUAGUGAACGGCUGUGUUCUGAUCUGGACCAAAACAAGCGGAUGGCACAUACCCUUACUUUGCAUGCUAAUGCAUACAAGUCUAGUGACUCAGAUUCACAUAAAAAGUUCCCUUCAAAAUCUUGUCCUUUGAGGUAUGGGACUGCCAAGAUUCAAGAAGAUGCAUUCAAUCUUUUUCAAGCUGGAUUACGUGAAUAUUUGUUCAAUCUUUUUCAAGCUGGAUUACGUGAAUAUUUGGGAUCAUAUGGAACCAAGAUUCAAGGAAGUCAUCACAAAGGAUGGGGAGUAACAGCUCUCUCUAUAUCAGCAAGUAAAAUUGUUGCUGUACCUUGCGGAACAUGUUCAAUCAAGAAAUAUUUUCAAGGCCAAUACCCAUCCCACUCGUCUUCAAAACAAAUGCAAAAUACUUCCAUUCAAGAAGCUACACCAGUAUCAUCCUCAAGUACUGAAAACUAUUUAGAACCAGAAUCAACUGAGCCGAAAAUUGAUGUCCCCUAUUUGGGGCAACAAGAAAAGGAAAACAUCGAUUUAUUUUGCUCCUCACUCAAACAAACAAAAGAUGGUUUUGCCACAGAAACUUCACAACUGUUGCCCCCAGGGAGUGAAAGUUGCGCAGGAGUUAACCAAAGUGACUCACAGGGAUGUUUCUCUGGGGAUGACCCAAGGGUUAUAUUGCCUAGCUUAGAACAAACAGAACAGAAAGCAAAUGCUUUGAAAGUCAAGGGGACAAUCUUCCAGUUUUUCAAGAGUGGUAAUCCCACUUGCUCUUCACCAAAAUUGGAAAAUGUUGACAUGGUUAAAGAUUGCAGGACAAAUGGUGACAGACACAGUUCAAGUCAGAAUUUACAGAGGGAAGCAUGGAAUUACAGGAUUGAUGAGAUUGAUCCAUCCGUGAUUGAUGAGUUACCACCAGAAAUCCAAAACGAAAUUCGGGUUUGGCUUCGCCCUCAUAAGCGGCCUACUGUAGUUAAACGUGGUUCGACCAUAGCCCAUUAUUUUUCAAGAACUAAAGCAACAUAGGCAAUUUUUUUUUUUGGACUUUAGGCAAUUUUUAGUUAUAUCAGCCUGGCAAGCUGUAUAUAGAGUGUUAUAUAUCCUAGUCGAGACUUAUGAAGCAUAUGUGCUUUAUGAAAACUGGUACAUUCAAGUCUAAUAGAAAAAUAAUGUAUAUAAUAAAUACUGAAUGUAUAAUAUGUAUUUACCUCUAACAUUUAAUUAUUUAAA